AAAUGUCGACAUUGUCCGGUUGAAAUUCUCAACCUAGAGAGACAUUUCAUCGUAACCAUGGAGAAAAGGAACCCCUUAGAACCUAGUACCUAUUUCAUCCCAAUAGGAGCGAAAUUCAUGCCAGAAUCGACACCACCGCCUCCACCACCCUAUGGCUACCCGAUGCCAGGUCAGAUUCCGGGUGCAGCUGUUCCGGCUGCAGCACCAGCCGCUGCAUCAGGAGGUGCAUCCGGCGGAGCAGGCGGUGCAAGCGGAUCGCAGACCCCUGGCGCAGCGUUAGUUGGCAAUUUGAACGGCAUUCACAGCGUGAUGUAAAAAGGAAAGAAAGGAAAAAAGAGAGAGAGAGAG